AUGGCUUGGCGCCUCAUCCUCUUCAAAUCCACCUCUACCAAAACCCUAGCCCCUCCUCUCCUCCAAAACCCUAAUCCUAACCCAUUUUUUCCCUUCUUCUCCUCCCAUUUCUCCACAUCUUUUCUUGUAACCAAAACCCCAAAAAAGCACAAGAAAAAGCGCAAAAAACCCGAAUCCCCACGCACCAAAUCCGUCCAACACCCAUCAACCCGAAUCCACCAAUUUGAAUCACUCCUCGAACGCGACUCUUACUUCCGAUUUCUCACCAAAUCCAAACAAUUCCUCUGUCAACAGCCUGAGAGCAUUCUCCGCCUUGAUGACGCUGGAAAGCUCCACCAAGAACUCGGUUUCCCUCGCGGCCGAAAAAUCCACCGCUUCCUCCAACGCCACCCUCUCAUUUUCCAAACUUAUCGCCACACUGAUAACAAAUUGUGGGUCGGGUUUACAGAUUUUAUGGAGGAAUUGCUGGAAGAAGAGAAGGAAAUUAUGGAUUCAAUGGAGAUUGACCGCGUUAAUAAGGUGCGUAAAUUGUUAAUGAUGUCGAAGAAUAAACGGAUUCCUUUGAGUAAAAUUCAUCAUUGUCGUUUAUUGUUUGGAAUUCCCGAUGAUUUUAGAGAUAGAGUAGGUAAAUAUCCUGAUUAUUUUAGAAUACUUGUUGAGAGUGACGGGAAGAGGAUUUUAGAAUUAGUGAAUUGGGAUCUGAGUUUGGCUGUGAGUCAAUUGGAGAAAGAGUUUAUGGUUAAUGAGGAGAAGGCGAAAAGGGCGUUUAAGUUUCCGGUGAAGCAUGGGAAGGAUUUGGAUUUGGAGGUGGAGGAUACAAGGAGGUUGAAUUUAUUGAAUACGUUGCCAUUGGUUUCGCCGUAUAGUGAUGGGGAGAGAUUGGAGUUAUGGAGUUUGGAGGCGGAGAAGUAUAGGGUUGGCGUUUUGCAUGAGUUUUUGAGCUUGACUUUGGAGAUGAGGGCGUCAAUACAUCAUAUUGUGGAGUUUAAGGAGGAGUUCUGCUUGACUAAACAUACAUAUGAUAUGCUUAAGAAGCAGCCCAGGACGUUUUAUCUUGCGGGGACAGAGAUGAAUUGGGUUGUGUUUUUGAAAGAUGGUUAUGAUGGAAAUGGGGUUUUGAUUGAUAAGGAUGCACAAGUGUUUUUCAACGAGAAGCUGUAUAAGUAUGCUCAAAUGAAAGAAGGUGAAUUGGAUUCUAGUGUAUGGAGGAAAUAG